AUGCAAUAUUUAUUCUAUAUAAUAUCAGUAAUUAAUUAAGUUCUUAUAUUUAUGAUAAGAAAAUCUACAUUUUUUAAGUAUGGAAAGCAUUAGAGCCCUGAUGAACUGAUUAAACAUCUAAAUUAAUGCUCCCUUUGUCCUAAAUUUAUAGAAAAUAAGUCAUAAGCUAAUGUGACAAACCAGAAUACAGUGGUUCUUAAUAAAGUUGAGUUAAGAAAGAGUAAAUCAAAAGAUUGUGAAAGAAGUGCAACUAUGAAUCGUUCACGUCUUUAAAGAGAAUACUUAAGAUUCUUGCUUACUACCGAUGGACCAACUAGCGAAUUUUACUAGCUAGAAAAAAAAAAAUUAUAAAUCAAACUUUAGGAUAUAUAUGAAACAGCCUAACCUAAUGUCUGCUUGUCUAAAUUACUUGUAUAAUACUAAUAACUAGUAAAUCCAUUUUGA